AUGUAAUAGUCGAGCAAUAACCGACAUUUUGGGUAGGGGUGGCUAUACGGUCUGGUCCGGUUAAAUUGGACCAAAUUGAUCCGGUCCCAGUCCGGUCUUUUCGGGAAUAUAAGGACCAAAGAUUGGAUUGGAUACAAUCCGGUCUUGACCCGGUCUGGUCCUAAUUUGAUCUUGAUUUUAGGUGUUGGGGGUCUCUUAUCCGAUCUUUAUCCGAGUUUUUUUUUUACCUCAAAUCUAAGCCCGAAUAUGAGAUCAGAUUGUUUGUUAUCCAGUCCCAGUCCGGUUCCAAUCCAAGUUAUACGGUCUGGUUUUGGAUAAAACCAAACAGUUCGGACCAAAUAGCCAGCCCUAAUUUUGGGCCAACAACCGCCUUUAGUUUCGAGGCAGGGUUUUUCUUUAAAAAGGGAGAAAGAACUUUGAAAGCCGGAAAAAAAAGAAGAAGAAAAACCCAGCGCGGGAAAUACCGUUAGAUAGAUCCGAUAGGUUUGGCGCUCUUCUCUUCUCCCUCGAGUAACCAAGAAGCGCAAAGCAGAGCAGAGUAUCAGCAGGGAGCAAAGCAACAACCCAGCCAGGUAUCCCUCCCCGCUUUUGCUCUUUUCGUUUCCGUUUGGCUCCCAAGAAAAGCUGCUGAAAAUGUCUGCUUCUACAGCAGUACCAUUAAUGGGUCUGGGUUUCCCUUUUCAAUCUCGAUUUUUUUCUCCCUUCCGCUGCUUUCCCAGAAAACUGGGGAAAGCAGGAGAUUGAUAUGUAUGAUGUUCUUCGCAAUUUCUGCUGCUUUGAUUCGUUUGGUAAUCUCUAGGGUUUUCAUCUCUUUCUGCUUUGUCCACCAAGAUUCCUGCUUCCCGUUGUCUCUCUUCUGCUUUGAUCGUAAUCAAGAAUCUAGGGUUUCUUGUUAAUGAGAAAAUUAUGGUAUUUACUCAAAUUGCUUGACCAAUCUCUCUCUUUUUUUCUUCUUCUUCUUUCACCUUCAUAGUUUGUUACAAGCGAUCUGCUGAGUUCUCUGGAAUUACACAUGGCCGAGGAAGUCCAACAACGAUAUAAACUGUAUUCACUGGAAAUCAACGACCGCUCUGGUGCGGUAUGGAGGUGCCUUGACACCUGGACGGGGAAAAUUGUCUCCAUGAGGAAGAUUUACGUUGAUGGUAUGAAUGAUAUAGCUGCUGUUAUGAGAGAAGCUACCCUUCUCAUGGAUCUCAAGCAUCCUAACACUGUCAGAUUGCUAGAUGUAUUGAUCCACUCGAAUCGGGUUGAGCUUGUUUCUGAGCAUCUGGACUGUGACCUGCUCAAGUACCUUGAGAAACCAGAAAGGAUUACUCAGUCACAGAUAAAAGAGUUGCUGCGUCAGAUACUGAAGGGUCUUGCAAGCUGCCAUUCCAAGAAUCUUGUGCACGGGAACUUGACACCCAAGAGUCUGCUGAUAGACUGCAAGAGCGGGACUGUGAAGCUUUCUGUCUUUGGUCUCACCAGCAUCAAUAAUGUUGUUAGCCACCACUCACAUCAUCAUCAUCAUCAUCAUCAAAGGCUUCAUCCAGAUCCAGGAGGGGAAUAUACUACGUGGGAGAUGAAUGCCGCAUACAUGGCACCCGAAGUGCUUCUGGGCCGGGAAGGGUGCUCCUUUGCUGCAGAUGUGUGGUCAGUGGGAUGUAUCCUCGCCCUUAUGCUUACCAGACAGCAUCUGUUUGCUAUGAAGGGGAAUGAACUGGGAGUUCAUAUUCCAUCUCAGUUGGACCAUAUGUUCAGAAUCAGAGGUUCUCCUGAGUUGCUUCUUGAAAAUGCUUCCUCCAACUACCAGCCUCAGGAUCUGGCAGCGACGUUGAACUUUGGGGAUUCAGCUGGCCUUGAUCUUAUCAAGAGAAUGCUGUGCUUAGAUCCAGCUCAAAGGAUUACAGUGAGUGAUGCUCUGGCGCAUGAGUACCUUACGAAUGCAUGAGUUAGUUAGCUGGGAUGAUGAACAACAACUGGUAAAUAGUGAAAAUGUGCUCUGCUAGAGUAACCUGGGAUGAACAAUUGUAAAUUCUGCCUCGCUUUUGAUAGAUAGAUAGAUAGAUAGAGAGAGAGAGAGAGAUAGGCUCCAAUUUUGACUUCACCCACUGAGGUUCCCCUGUAAAUUUUGAGUUCAUCCACUGUAACCAAACGUUUCUUGUGCCCAUCUGAUUUCAAUAUUGAGACAGUCUUAUAUAUAGGCCUUUUUUCUGCAUUUUGUGGUCAACAUUUCACUUGACAAGUUGAUUUUCUUUGUCAACUUUGCCCUCUCGGUAUUUCCUGAACCCAUUAAGUAAUUUGUAGGCAAGAUUGAACCUUCAAUUUGGUGGAUAUGCGAAUGUUUUUUUUUUUGACAUUUUUUUGUCAUUUCAAUACAUGAAAAAUAAUUAUGAGUAUUUCUGAUAAGAGUUGGUGACAUGACGUUAACUAAAGUUGUCUCCCAACUCGGAAGAUUGGACAUAAUUAAACGACCCCUUAGUUCCAAAAUUGUCUCCCAACUCGGAAGAGAAAUAAAAUACAAUCAUGUGGAAAAAAAAAAAAAAGGAGGACUAGUUAAUUAAGCGGGGGACAUGGUCAUAUGGUGUAUGGACCAAACUAAGUUGCAUUAUAGCCUAUAGUGGUGGAAUGGAGUGGAGAGUAACAAACAGCUGUCUAAGUCUAACAACAAAGGUCAGACUCAAAUGACCAAAAUGAUCAACUCAAUCACACAAUUACUUUUCAAAACUUUUUUGAAAACUACUCCAGAAACCCGAAACAAAAAAAUUGUAUGUGUGAGAUCUAGAAAGGGCCAAACUAGUGCAUGAUAGUUGUAUAGUCUACUACGCAGUAGUGUGAGUUUGUGACAGGUUCUUUUAUCGGAACCCCACGGGAACAAUAGACCAACUCGUCAGCAAACCAUUUUGCAUUUCCUUUGUCAUAGAUAUUCACAUACCAAAUAAUACCUUCACAAGCAAAUGCCACGAAUAAAGGAGAUAAAGGACGGUGGUCAACUGCGGCCUAAUCAUCGAUAAAUGAGUCUUUUUUUUUUUUACCGUGAUAUAAUCAUCUCUUUGAUAUCUUUUUUUACCACACCAUCAACUUAUUAUCCUUCACUUAACACAAACGCAAUAUUUCAAAACAAAGAAUUACUGAAAGC